AUGAGUGUUUGUAUGGCGGGAGGACAAAGACACGGCAAAUCUGUUCAAGAUCCUGCUGAAAUUGAAGAGGAACAGGCUAUUGAAUUUCCUGAUGAAAGUUUGCAUGCCGUUCCUGAAGAAGGAGAAAAUUUGGUGACAAGGUUCGUCAAAGCAAACGAACCUAUCAUGGAAACUUUACACUCGAUAGCUCAUAAUCAAGAAAAGAAUACUCAUGAGCAAAUAGAAGUUGCAAAUGCACAAGACCGAAAGCUGGAACGUUUGGUGGACCAAAUGACCAACAAAUUGGGAAUUAUGCUUGAGCGGUCUUUUACAGGUAUGGCCAAUAUUCCUCAAGGUAUAGCCAAUCUUAAUCAAAGUAUGGUCAGUCUUUUUAGAAGCAUGGUCGGCGUCCCUCAAAGCUUGGCUAAUCUUUCCCAAAGCAUAGCCAGCAAGCCAAGCAAUUCAAAAGAUUCUCAGCAAUCAGCCGUUCCAGUGAAUAAGCCAAGUACUUUUGUUGAGGGAAGUCCGUCUCAUCAACCUGUGAGUACCAUACCACAGGCACAGAUAAUGCAAAUUCCACCUGCGCAAAUGAUGUCUUCUCAAGGAACAGCUAAGGCAGGUCAAUUGGGAAAUCAGUUGUAUUUUCCACCCAAUGUUGGCCAGCAAAAUGUUCAGCCACCUCCUACCAUCCCUCAAAGACCACCUAAGCAAGAAUUUGGUUUGACUAGAAGGGAUGGAAGACCUAUCUAUAGGAAACCAUACCCUGAGUUCGCAGAUAAUGUUGAAUAUCCAAGGAAUUUCAGAAUUCCUGAAUUUGCCACUUUCAGUGGCGAAGGCAACCAGUCCACCGUGGAACACAUAAGCCGAUUUAUAGUUCAAUGCGGUGAAGCAGGAGGCAAUCAAUGGUUGAAAGUCCUGUUGUUUUCUAAUACUUUGACCGAAUAUGCCUUCAGAUGGUACACUAACUUGCCUGCAAAUUUCAUUAAUAGUUGGCAUCAGUUUGAAGAAAUGUUCCACUCACAUUUCUAUCGAACUGAGCCAGAAGUUUCCAUGGCUGAUCUUUCUAAGCUUAACCAAUUGUCAGAAGAGUCCGUAGAAGCCUUUUUGUCCAGAUUCAGAAAGGCAAAGCACAAGUAUCAUGUAGAUCUUCCAGAAAUCGAGUAA